CUGACAUAAAGUUCCUGUACUGUAACUCAGGUUACCCCAACCCACGGUACCAUCUCACAUCCCUUGCCGCACUCAGCUUUCGCAACCGACCGAACGUGGCUGGAUUCUGAAGAGCCCAGAAUGAAGCCUGAUCCACGACACGAGGGUGGCGGAUCCUCUCACCAAUUUUCAAGCAUCAAAUGCUUGUUUAGGGUUUAGCAGCCAAUGUCUCGGUUGCGGGGGAAUGGGAUUAAUGCAGCUUCUGAAGCGCCUGGAGAGAACGGGAUAACCUCCCAUGUCAAAGUAUGGUAUGGUCGGCAAACCUCAGCUGCAGUAAGAGACUAUAUGACAUCCGAACCCCGAAAGAGAGUUGACGUGCGGUCUCAAGACUAUGAGGUCAACAAAAUCUCGACAUUGAUUGCACUGUUCAUUAUUUCUCUCUUUGUCUCUACCACUUGCAUCCAAAUCCAAUUACAACCAACAGUCAAAGGAUGGCUAUACACACAUCGCCCUCUUAUCAAGCGACUGCACCGCCUUCCGAUCCUCCUUCCGAGGAGAAACUCUCGACCACUGGUCUAGCAGGGCAUCAGUCCACAAAUGCUAAGGCGAAAGGCUCCAGGAGCACAGGCAGCAUUAUGAUUCUUGGUACCGCUAUCUUCGUACCAUUCGUCGCCUUCUCAGUUGUCCUGCUGUAUCUUGUAUUUCGCAACCUCGUCGACAAUCAGGCAUCAGACUUUUCGCUACCAAAUCUGAUUAGCGGGCGCUCGAAAGACCUCCCAGGAGGAUACUACCUCGUCGACUUCCCCGCUACUAAAUUGAUCUUCAUUUCGUCGUGGAGCAAUAGUCUCGCACCGCGGGCAGUAAGCCUCGCAACGGCACUAUGGCUCUUCCCCGUGACAGCAAAGCUGGUGGAACGUUCUUUUAAGAACAAAAAGUCGAGCUUGCCAACUCAAUAUCAGGUAUAUGACAUGAUACGUGGACUUGCUGCUGCGGGGUCUUUUGCUCAUGAAUCUAUAGUUUUCUAUGCUGAUCGGUCUGUCGUGGGCAAGUAUGUCAGAGGGCUGGAAAUUCAUCAAGUAUUCUUUCAGCGGUCGUUCUACGCCUAAAACGGUGCCGAUGGUUGGCACUAUGUUCCUGAUCCUUCUGAUCGGACAGAUGAUUGCCUUCGCGAUCUUUGCUAUCGACGCGGUUCUUCACUUCACGACGGAGAGUGUUCCAUACAUUCGGACUUUUGAAAACUCGGGCUCCCUCUCCUCCUUCAGUCAAGGAUUGGUUGGAAUUUGUACGGGAGACCCUUCGAUAAUCCGAGCAGUUCCGAGUGCGCCGUGCACAUACAAUGUUGCAGCGACUGGAGAAGGCUUUUAUGACGCUUCUGAAGUUUCGGCAACUCUCAACAAUAUAUCCACCUCUCACCAGAUCUUCAGCAGCAUCUACGAGGUGGCGGGCAAGCCGACCGAUCUGUUGCUUCUUGGACCGCCCCUUACCUCUGUUCCGAACAAUUUGAGCUACCAGGCAAGUACAGUCGGUGUUGCCACGAGCUGUACGCCCGUAAGUCAACAAUGCAGCCUCAAGGCCCCCUAUGGCGCCAGCACUCCGUUCAACUGUAGCGACAUCUUCUUCGGGGACCUCCAAAUCCCCCAGGUAAACACAACCUCAACACUCUGGAGCGACUACUCAACUGGAAACUUCCUCUUUGGCGCCACAUUCCAGGACGCCAACUUCAGCCAACCCUAUACGAAUUACAGUUUAGAUGACACUUACCCAGCCACCGGCCCCAUCACCAUUAAUCCCUUCUACAUGGGCAUCGCAGCCCGUGCCGCAUUCGGCACCAAUGUCAACAUUCUAGAGAACGACCCGGAUAUCACCCUUCCAGUACACGGCGGCCUGGCCUUCGUUCUCGGCUGCGAAGUGCUCACCGUCAACGUGGCAUACACAUUCUUCAACAACAGCGUCGUGACCAUCGACGCCGCCACCCCCGCCAACGGCACCUUAGCCUGGUACUUCAACAGCGUCAUGGGCGCCGCGGGCUCACUGUCUCACGUCGCGCAAGGCAUCGAUAUCGCAAUUGCUGAGCCUACCGCAGCCAAACUCGCACGAGCUUGGUCGCGGUCGUACAGUCAGGAGGCGCUUUCUAUUCUCGCCUCCGUGCAUUCGGCAAGGCCAAACAUCGCUGAGAGGUUCGUCGUCAGUUCGCUCGUCACUCGUGUCGCUCGGGGCCCUCUGCUCGCACUCGUGGCUCUGAAUAUGCUUUUUGCGUUGUUGGGAGCGGUGCUGGCUGUCUGGGCGGUCGUCAAGGACUCGCCGCGUGUGACGGCGGUGAUGAGUGGAUUGGGGGUGGAGGGGUUGGUGUCAGCGGCGUUUGCGGAUGGAGAAAGAAAAGAGGGGGAAGGAGAAGGAGAGGUAGAAGGAUCCGGCGAUGCUGAAAUUCCAGGUCGGCGAACCGACAAGUCGUUGAAGAUAAAUACUGCGACAGCAACAACUUCGGCUGUCCAGUUUCGAGGAGGGCAAAAUCGUGGGAUAGUGAUGCGUGAAGGACCAGAUCCCAAAGAAGACUUGAGGCAUCGCUUGUUGAAUGAAAGUAGAAAGAUCGGGAUAGAAUCAUUAGGCAGUGGAGAGUGGGUGACGCGGAGCGUGUCAUAAGUUUCAAGUGUAUCGGUCGGGCAAAGGCAAAGGAGGAGUAAUGAGUAUCGUUGUGAAUAGUCGACUGAGGCUCACCGUGUCUACAGGAGUGUUGUUAGUCAAUUCAAAAGAAGAAUGUCUGCCCUGUGACUUUACUACGGGAAAAGGUGGAUUCACGUCCAAGCUCGAAUAGGACUUCCCGUCCAUUAUCAUCACCUCCGCCGAAGAUGAUCUCGGAAUUCUCCUUUCAAACCCCGCUAUCUGCAUUUUCUCUCUCCACAUAAAGGUACCCUAGAGGCGCAGUCACGCGAUCGUGUUCAUUGGUCUUUUUGACAGCUGGCUUUCCCUGAAGAUAAGAUGGGGAAGAGGGUACGAUUGUUCCAUGAGAAGUCCGGGCGUCUUG